GUUUCAAACUCAUGAAGAAGUGAGAAACGUCAACAAACAGACUUGUUGAAGUAGCCGGUGUUGUUUUCUCUUAACAGUUAAAGCCAGUAAAGUGUCUUUACCUUGUUAAGGAUGGACGAGGAAGUACUGACUACUCUGAAAAUAUUAAUUAUUGGAGAAAGUGGAGUUGGGAAGUCCAGUCUUCUGUUGAGGUUUACAGAUGACAUGUUUGAUCCAGAACUUGGAGCAACAAUUGGUGUAGAUUUCAAAGUGAAGACCAUUGCUGUGGAUGGGAACCAGACAAAGUUAGCAAUUUGGGACACAGCGGGUCAGGAGCGUUUUCGGACCUUAACACCCAGUUACUACAGAGGAGCCCAAGGUGUUAUACUGGUGUAUGAUGUCACAAGACGAGAGACGUUUACCAAACUGAGCACCUGGUUGAACGAAUUGGAGACGUACUGCACGCGAAAUGAGCUUGUCAAGAUGCUUGUGGGAAAUAAAAUUGAUAAGGAGGACCGUGAGGUGGACCGAAAUGAAGGCCUGAAGUUUGCUAGAAAACAUUCCAUGCUUUUUAUAGAGGCCAGUGCUAAGACGCGGGACGGUGUUGAGUGUGCCUUCGAAGAGCUGGUGGAGAAGAUUUUGCAGACUCCAGGGCUGUGGGAGAGUGAAAGAAAGACUGGAGUGUACCUGUCUGAACAGGCUACACAGCCUACAUCAGGGGGCUGUUACUGCUAACUGCUCUAACUCACUGACACACAUAGACAAACAUAAUCAUAGCAGGUCAGACAGGCUCACAGGCAGAUGCACAAAACAGGUAUGAGUAUUCACCUGUGUACACAUACUAUGCAUUUUGACCACUUGAAUUGUUUUAUAGUUUGCUCUGUCUGUGAUUGGCUCAGGGCAGUCCUUGUCAGCACACAUGCAUAACAGCACUGACAGAGUCUACAUGUGCCUUCUGUUGUUAUGGUAACUGGUGGUAAACAGUGAAGUGUGGGUGGCUAAUUUUUUGCGUGACAAAAUGAAACCAUAAAACUGUGAAUCCUUUCACAGACAAGGCCACUCUCUAUAACGGUGGAAAAAAUGUUAGUUGAUGUACCUAGGACCAUUAUAUGCACUACAGUGUGUGUUUUUCAGAGUGUUUGCCCUCUUAGUUUGUGUUUCUCAUUUAUUGAGUGCAAAACACUCAUCAGUAGAUAUCAGUCUCACACACUGCUUGAAGACCAAGUGGUGUAGGGUGUAGAGUAGGCUAAAUCUAUUCUCAAGUGAAAGUAUAGUCAGUUUGGAGAAAUAAUGACUCGUAACAAGUAAAAGUACCUAUUCAAAAACUUAAGUAGAAGUGCAAAAGUAACUUAUAGAAGUGCAUUGAAACUUCUUAGUACAUCAGCAUAGGAACUGAUUCUUUUUAGGCUGUGCUUUUCUCUUUUUGGGAUCCUUUUGGUCUAAAAUAAAUUAUUGUAUUUUAUUAAAAUGUUACUUGAGUACAGACAUUUGCAAGUUUGAACACCCCUGGUCAAAUGACAUGUUAACACAUCUUCUACAGUGAAUAAACUGAAGUUUGGUCGCUGUAGAGUAUAUAUACUUACUUUUGCAUUUUUUUUCUAUCUUGCACAGCUUUGGUUUCAGAAUAGUGGUGUCACUAUCAUGUUGGACAUCCACUUUACUGGUUUUAUCAACUUGGCCUGGCUUCUUAAAAACAUGAAGUUGAAGGGUUUGUAAAUCAAGCAGACUGACACAACUGAUUUAUACUGUGUAUGUUUUAUAAGAAAAAAAAGAUAGUAGAAGGAAAAUAUGACUGCCAGUUUAUCUCUACCUUAAGUAUUCAUCCAGGCCUUCUUGAAUACUGAAUUUGUGACCAGUUUUUCCUUGAGGUUGAUGCUGUUUUUGGUCAGAGUUUGGCAGAAUUGGUGUUUUCAGAUGGUCUUAUUUUUACUAUGUACUGGGAUAUUGUUCCAAGUGUACCAGUUUUGUAGUCACGGUUGUGGAAAUGGAAGACAGAAUCCAGUGUCAGCCUCAACUGUGGUCUAUCCGAGGACGCUGUAUGUGUGUAGAUUUGUGAGAAACACUCGUGUGUAUUUGAAGUGCUUAAUCUCAGUGUUUAGAUGUGCAUUUUUGCUUAUUUCCUUUUCAGUGGCAUGCGGAGUCUUCUGUCUUUCAUGCCCUUUUCCUAAUGAGAGCCAUUUCUCUCUAGCAGGUGACAGGCUGUAGCACUUCUCUAAUGUAAGCCAGUGAGAGCUGGAGGACAUUAUAAAGGUUUUUGUCCUGUGACCCCUUUGUCCUGUUGGUGUGGAACUCUUCUCUUUGGUUGUUUAAAUCAUGUCAUGUUAUGUUUUUAAAUAAUGACUUUUCUCUUGUUUUAUGUUUGUGUGUGGAUGGACAUCACCAUUGAUAUUCAGGAUGUUGGCUUAUUCCAUUGAAUCUAUAAUUCAUGAGAAUGUAUGCAAACAAUAUAACAUACUGUUAUUGCACAUCCCAGUGGCUCUAUAAAUAUUUGCUGAUACUGAGUUCUUUUUUAAAUAACUUGUAAUAUUGAAAUAUUUGUUUGAACUGACAGAGUAAUAUUGUAAAAUAAUGCUUUUAAUUAAAUGUCAAUAAAUCUUCAUGAAUGUA